AUGGAGCCGGCGCGGGGCUGGAACGGGUACGCGCGGCAGGAGCGGCCGCCGCCCUCCCCGGAGCCGCCGAGCGUCCCCCCGGGCAGCGCCGAGGGCUGGCGGGGAGAGCGGCCCCGCAGCGAGGAGGACAACGAGCUGAGCCUGCCCGGCCUGGCCGCCGCCUACACCUCCAUCCUGAGGGCGCUGGGCGAGGACCCGCAGCGGCAGGGGCUGCUCAAGACGCCCUGGAGAGCGGCCACGGCCAUGCAGUUCUUCACCAAGGGCUACCAGGAGACCAUCGCGGAUGUCCUGAACGAUGCCAUCUUCGACGAAGACCAUGAUGAGAUGGUAAUUGUGAAGGACAUAGACAUGUUCUCAUUGUGUGAGCAUCACCUCGUCCCAUUUGUUGGAAAGGUACACAUUGGUUACCUCCCCAACAAACAAGUGCUUGGCCUCAGCAAGCUCGCCAGGAUUGUGGAAAUAUACAGUAGAAGAUUACAAGUCCAGGAGCGCCUUACCAAACAAAUCGCCAUCGCCAUCACAGAAGCCUUACAGCCCGCGGGGGUCGGCGUCGUCGUGGAAGCCACGCACAUGUGCAUGGUCAUGCGUGGGGUUCAGAAAAUGAACAGUAAAACAGUAACCAGCACAAUGCUGGGCGUGUUCCGGGAGGAUCCAAAGACCCGAGAAGAAUUCCUGACGCUCAUCAGGAGCUGAAAGUGUGUCACCCUCUGGAUUGUUCUGUCCCGUGUCACUGUCUGUCCUUGUUCCCACAUCCCAGUUCUAAACUAAAUUGUUGUGAAUUGUUGUCAUGGUCUUUGUGCAGUGAAAGGCAAAUGAGAAGGUAGGGAUGAGGGAGGCUCCUCCUGGAUUUCCACUGGUGCUGAUGUCACGGAGUUACAAACCACAAAUAGGAGUUUGGAAAUGUUUUUCCAUCCGUAAUUCAGAAUAUCCAACUGUCAGGAGAGAGGUGGGGCUUAGGAGUGAAAUGGAUAAUUAUGAAAUAGUUGUGUUUGUUAGAAUUAAUGUGGAGCAGCACAGGAAACAGCUGAAAGGAUGUGGGUUUUUGUACAAUUGGGAUUCUCCCAAAUUAUUGGGCUAUGUUUUAUUGCAAGUCCUGUGGUGGCUGUUUCAGUACCUGGGUAUGUGUGUUACACCUCUGAGUUGUUACCUCUGGUGUGUUUUAUAUUCUUGCUGGUAUUAACCUUCCUUUUUUGUGGUUUUUAUUUGUUUGAGAAAUGUGUCAACUCCACUUUUCCUAUCCUCUUAACAGGCAGGGAAUGAACUUCUGAAUUAUUUGGGGCACAGCCCUGUCUCAGUACAGAGGGGUUUAUGCACCUUUUUCUCUGUGCCUCAGAAUGUCUGACCACUUGAACUGUCACUUUCUUACUGUUUUUAAGGAAACUUUAACAGAGGAGAGUUAAAAACCCUGCAGAGUUUGUCUGCAGGGUACUGAGGUAUCCAAAGAGGUUUUUAAUUAUAUUUAUACCUCGAGCUUUCCUUCUUGGAUUUCCAUGAGACUGAGACGCUAAAAUUAGUCAGGUAAUGUGAAAAUGAAGAUCUGCAAGCAUUCCAAGGUUUCCAUUUCCAAUGCUGGACCAAAGGUGAGCAUGAAAUCCUGAGCACAGCACAUGGUACCUGCCCUGCCUGCUGACAGGUUGGGUUAUUUCAGGGCAGAGUAACCUGGAAUGACAACAGCUCAUUUCGUAAGAGCAGCUGACAAAAGCAUUUCCAGGGCCACCAGAAUGAAUCAAACCGCUUUUUUUUUUUUUUUUUUUUUCCCUGUGUAUGUGGCAACCUCUGUAAGUGGCAGAAUUGGUACAAAAAGUUUCAGUCCAGCUGGACUUGGCUGAACUUCUGCUUUGUUACCGUUUUAAUGAGUGUUUUGUAACUCCUAAUUGGGAAAAGAUGAGGAGCAAAUGAAAACCACCCUCCUCACCCCGAGCUUGCAAAACAAAUGUCAGCCAGGGGGUUUGGAUGCCCACAGGUUCCCAGGGCUCUCUCUGCUUUUUUCAACCCAAGAUGUUCUGUACACGAACCUCCAGGGCAGCUCCAUCUCACCAACAUUCCUCCCUCUUGUCCAGCCCCUGCUGGAAAAAAAAUGAAAAUCCUUCUGGUCAGAUUGAGCCUAAAGAACUUUUUAAAGGAGAACGAGCUCAUGUGUUUAAUUACAUUAAUUUUACUUUGAGGACCUUCACAGCAUUAUUGGAAAAAUGUUUUAUAACAUCCUCUGUCCUGGAUUCUGUAGGAUUAGGUGCUGUACCAGUGUUUGUCCCUGGUGUAAACAUGGCUAAACCACACCAACUCCAUGGCAUUUGUUAUCCUGAAAUCGCCACUUUUCACUUCAGUAUCUUACAAAUAUCCAGCUGAAAAGCCUUAAAUCUUUCUUGCCUAAAGUUGGCAGUAAAUCUCUUUUUUUAGCUUGAAUGGAGGGAGAUUUUGAGGACCAAAGGGGCACACACCAGUACACUUAUUUCUCUUUCCUUGCUUUAGUUUGGAAAUUAAAACUCUGUAAAACACUGUCCUGCUCCUGAGGCACCAAAAAAGUUGCGUUUUAACCACUUAUGUCAAUUCAGGAUAAAGUUCACAUUGCACCACCGCUGUUUUUAUAUUUCCAUGUGACCUGUAGUCCUUAAAACACACCUCUCUACUCGUGGCCUUGGAAUUUGUUCCCAUUUUUGCUGUUGUUGCGUGUUUUGGAGCGUUGGCGUUGUUCAAACCCACGAGCUUUAACUACACCCCGUGUGUAAAUAUGUAAAGGAUGUACAGCCCCAGGUGUGCUGCUCACCAGUGCAUUGUCUCUGAAACAUUAAAGCACAGUGUUAUCCUUUGGA